AUGAACAAAAGCAUAGGAGAACGGAUUGGGGGUACUAUUGGGAAGGUUGUGGAGGUGGAUGUUAGGGAAGAUGGUUUGGGAUGGGGAAGUUUCCUGAGGGUGAGAGUUGAAUGUGAUCUACGCAAAGUGAUGGCCCGAGGUAGGACCUUGAACCUUCAAGGGAAGAAUAUGUGGGUGUCAUUUACAUACGAGAAGCUCCCGAGGAUGUGUUUUAGAUGUGAUCAUAUUCUUCACUCACCACAAGGCUGUACAGGUGAAGCAACUGAAGCUGGGGGUCAAUUUGGCCCUUGGUUGAGGGCGAGUCAGUUUAAAUUUAAAAGAUCUGAAGGAUCGAAGGUGAGGAUGGAAGCGGAAUCUAUUGGUGAUGAUAGUCAGGAGGAGACGCAUUCUGUUACCGAGAAGGAGGUGAGAUUAAAUCGGGAGAUCUCGAGGAAAACGGAGGGGGGGGACUCAGGAGUAGAGGCCGUAAAUGAGGAUUCCCAAGGUGUGGUAGAAGGGGAGAAUUCGAAUAAGGAAAAAAAUGAAAACCAGGAUGCGGUUUUGAUAAUCAUUAAGGGGGAGGCUUUGGGAAUAGAGGAAGGGAUGGGGAGCCAAUUCGUAGGUGGUGUCACGAUGGGGAUCCAAUCUGCCAAGGGUGAUCUUGCAAACCAUCCAAAAGAAAGAACACUGAGACGUGGACAAUGGAAAAGAGGGCAGGGGAAAAGAUGA